AUGGUGCAAGAAAAAGAAAAGGAAGCAAAUUGUACUCAUGUUCUUCCUAUAGAAGGCUCGCAAACCACAGUCCCACAACAACUUGAACCGAAUGUUGAAGCUAUUGAUUAUAAUAAAGAAGUAUUUAAUGCUCAAGACACUUCUUCCUUUAGCUCUGGAAACUUACAAACUACACCUAUUCAAAUACAAAAGCCGAAUAGCGAAGCUAUUGAUUAUAAUGAAGAGGCAAUUCAUGCUCAAGAAACUUCAAUCUCUGAAAAUUCACAAACUGGUGUGCAACAACAAGAACCGAUUAUCGAGGCUAUCAAUUAUAAAGAAGUUCAAAAUAUUUCUUUAGAAAACAUACAGACAGAUAAUCAACAACAAAAAUCAAACGUUAUAGCUAUUAAUUAUAAAAAUGAAUUACCACCUACUUCAUUUAACGCAGGGAAUGGAACAGCCGAAUUUAGUGAUGCAAUAGCAAAAGUGAAAGCCAUGGCAGCAAAAUUACUUGAUAAUGCUUCUACAAUUAGCACUGAAGAAAGCAAUGUCGCUGUCCAAGGGCAUAGCAACAUUAACAUACCUUCAAAUCAUACAACCAUAAUUAAUUCAACAAACAAUAUGAAUGACAUGGAUAUCAAUUUAAAUAAAGCUCAACAGGGAAUUAAACGUUCACAUGAAGAUACUUAUAAUCCUCAUGAAUCUAAAGAUAGUCAUGAUGAUCGUAGUGAUGAUUAUCGUGGAGAUCUAUAUAAAGGAAGAGAAAGAUAUGACGAAUAUGGGAGAGAUUUUAAAAGAACAGCUUAUGAUGUUGGAUCACGUCCUGAAUAUGAUGGUAGUGGCAGUAGGAGUCGAUAUGGUUUUGGAGGUGAAGAACGAAGGUCACAUUAUGAUCCCGGAAAUGACAUUAAUUCUGCCUCAGCAGAGGAAUUUAAAGUUCCUAAUGCAGUGGUAGGUUUAGUAAUUGGUCGCGGAGGAGAAAAUUUGAAAAGAAUUGAAAAAACAACCGGUGCAAGAAUUCAAUUUUCUCAAGAUCAACCACCGGAUAUGAUUGAAAGGCACGUUAAAGUUACUGGGUUAGCUGACGAUGUUAAAAUUGCUAGAGCAAUGAUUCAAAAAUUAGUUGAAGAUGCUAGAAAUGGUAGUCUGGUUAAUCGUCGCGACUCUGCUAUGAACGGGCAAAACAAAAAUACCGUGAUUAUUCGUAUUCCAAGCAAUAAAGUCGGUGUUGUAAUUGGUCGUAAAGGCGAAACAAUCCGUGAUUUACAAGACAGAAGUGGUGCACAUAUUAACGUCACACCAGAUAGUGCCGCAAGUCCUCAAUCCAAGAAUCGACCUGUUACUUUGAUCGGGGAUGAUGAAGCAAUUCAAAGAGCAAAGGCCCUUAUUAAUGAGAUUAUCAACAACGGAGAAAUUUCUUCAGAAAUAAAUCAUCACCAAGAUCACCGACCAAACAGUCACAAUAGCGGUAGCGGUUCUUACAAUAAUCAUGGAGGAAACUAUAUGAAUCAUAGUUCAAAUUCUGGACAUCGCAAUCAAGAAAGUAUUACCAUUAAGGUACCUAAUGAUUCUGUUGGUUUAAUUAUUGGAAAAGGAGGUGAAACCGUCAGAGCCCUUCAACAAAAAUCUGGAGCAAAAAUUCAAAUUGAACCAGUUCAUGGAGGAGUUCCACCUAUCGAAAGAAACGUACAAAUUAUAGGUUCUGCUGAAAAUAUUGCUAUCGCGAAAUCAUUGAUUCUUGAAAAAGCUGCAUCCGGAAAUCGUGAACGAUCAUCUAGACAUAAUGGUGAACAAGGAAGAAACGGGCAGCAACAAAAUAAACAUCAAAGCAACAAUUAUCAACACCAGUCAAGUACUGCCAAUAGUGACAUCAGUGUUUAUCAACAAACAGGAUAUUCUACAAACGCUUAUCCCACUCAAUCACAACCAAAUACAUAUGGUCAACUUAUCACAAAUGAUUAUGCUCAAACAUCUACCACAAAUUAUCCUGUUGCUGCUAGUACAUAUGUUCCAUCUGGUCAACAGGCAACCAUGAUAUAUAAUCAACAGAGACAAUAUAAUCCUAGUCAAACAACAUCAUCUUAUCAAUAUUUAACUCAACCACAAUAUGGGACAUAUCCACAAAAUAUACAAUAUGCUCAAUCUACAACUGGUCAGUCAACUACCCAAUCUGCUGUACAAGUUUCCAUGCAAACUAUUGGUCAAUCUGCAAUUCAAUCUACAGGGCAACUUCAAGCUAAUUAUUACCAAACGGCACCAAUUGAUCCUACAAAAGUUGCGACCACGGGAGCUGAUAAUAAAACGGAUAAUACUUCAGCUCCUGCACCUAAUUAUGGGUAUCAACAAAUCCAUUAUAAUUAUAAUGUUCCUUCGGCCACAACAACUGCAAUUCAAUAUCCAUCUGUUGCCGGACAAACUCAUGCUGCAAUAUCAAAUGUUUAUCCUACGUUAGGUGCUUCAGCUUCAUUUUAG